AUGGAUGCAUUACCAUUGACUCAAGCAAGGUCUGUAUCGGAUGCAUCAGACAUCCCUACAGUUGAAGACACGGCCAGCGUCGUCACCAAUGCUGCGGUGGAGACCGACAGUAUAGCCAGUGUAAGGGACAGUAGUGUAUCAUCCGAAAUGGAGGAGCAUGAUGCGGACCAUCUGGGAGUUGACGGAGUAUCUUCUCUCGAUUCGACCGCGAAACCGACGGAGAGCGGCGAACUGGAUAAACCUGUUGAAAAAGAAAGCAGCGAGCGUAACCGGAGUGAAUCAUCGGAUGUGGCAAUGUGCCGCAUAUGCGGACAAGGGGUCGAGGAGGGACCUCUCUACCAUCCAUGUCGGUGUUCGGGUAGCAUAGCCUACGUACAUGAACAGUGUCUCAGGAGAUGGCUAGCAAUGCGACGUACGGGACGGACUGAUGAUGAUAAUGAUGGCACAUUCAUUUUGGAGGAUCAGCGUUGCGAGCUAUGUGGACAUAAGUUCUCCUUCCGAGUGGUGUACGCUCCCAAUGCGCCACAUCGUCUGCCUAUGAAGUAUCUCUUCACCGAGACUUGGAAGUUGAUAUUUUCUAUUGUCAAGAAGUGCCUUCGUCCUCUCUAUGCGUUUACAAUAUGGCUGGUACUACUGCCGUUGGUGUCGAUGACCGUACUGGUAGACGUUUUUGGUGUUAUCGAUGGCUUUCCGGAUCGUCUUCAAAUAUACGGCUUCGUCCUUGGCCCGAGCUCGUCCAGUGACAGUCGAGUACCUUGGUUAGCCUUGGUGUUCAGAAGGCCGAUGUUGGGGGUGUUGUGCGGAGGGAUAGUCGUUUCUAUAUGCGGUUUUGGACUGCUGCAAUUGUGGCUGCAUACGCGGAUAGCAGCCGUCCCAAUGGUGGUGCCUACGGAGCCCGGCGAUGAGCGCCCCAGGGUCAUAGAGAGGAGGAGGAGGAGACCAGCAACACCGACAGGAGGAGCAGGAGAGAAUGCUCACGAGGUUGAGGUGGAUAACAACGAUGAUGAAGAUCAUCAUGACGUUGGUACGGCUACUACGACAGUAGAUGGCAGCGGCACUGCUGAGGAAGCGGAGAUUGAAGUCAGGCUUGAGAGCAUGGACAACAUCGAGAACUUGGCACAGUGCCCUCUGGCCCCUACACUGCUGCAACCAACUAUACCGGAGGACCCCUAUCUAGUAUUCAUACAGCGUAUGCAGCAACAUGUGGAGACGGCUAGCCAGCAAGUGUAUCCCCGCCCGUUAGUUGACGAUUUCCCAUGGGACCUCAUCUGCCUUUCUCUCGGUGGUCUCCUCUGCACCCAAGUAGCGGCUAUAUAUCAUCUCUGGUCGACGCGGGGUGGCAUGAGCUUGUUCGGGAAAGUUCUAUCGGUACUGGCGACUGCGUUGAAGUAUUGUGUUGUGAUUAUCACCGGUGGUUUCCUCCCAUCGUUGAUGAUCGGCUGCGUAGUACUCCUCGCUCUUGAGUCGGCGGGCGGCGGAACAAGGGGUCUUGUCGUGUCUCAAACCGCAGGUGAAUUGGGUAGUAUCAAACUACUCUGCGUUAAUCCUCGUGAGCAGGCUAAGGAGGCGAUGAGAGAGUCUCCGGCGAUGGUUGCGUGUUUUGGCCAUAUCAUCGGCCGACCAGAGGGAGAAGCACAAGGCGGCGACCAGAGGCUUGUUCGGAAUAAGGGGAUAGUGCCAGCCUUGUAUUAUUCCCUGCUUUAUAUCGUCUAUAAACUAGCACUGGUUUUCGUCUGUGUACUGCCGGCCUUAGCAUUACAGCAUCGGUAUCUACCACUGCAAACUCGCUUAGUCGUGACGGAGAAUUCUCAAGCGCACGCUGAGGCAGCGAUAUCCACAAUGGCCACUUCUGGUAUGCGGGCAAAGAUACGUUUGCGCACAGGGAAGAAUCAUGGCACCCCUAUCUCAGGCUCUUUGGACUACCUUUUCGUACCAGUAGAGUUCCUAUGUGGUCACGUCCUCUUCCCAUUGGUCGUUCGGAAGCCUCCAAUGCCACCACUGCUCGCCUCCUUCGGCCGAACAGUUGUCAACACGUAA